AUGAAGGGGGCGGCGAAGCUGGCGCUGCUGGCUGUGAGCGGGGUGCUAUAUUAUGCCCCGCCGAGAGGGUUGAUGGUGCGGUUGGGAGGCGUGGACAAGGUGGACGAAGUGCUGGUGCUCAGGACGUGGUUGACACUGGCGGUGUCGAUCCUCGCGCUGACGGGCGUUGUAUCCACGCAGUUGCUAGUCGCGUCGUGUGUGCAUGGAGCUCUGCACUUCCUCCGCUCGAUGGUGCCGCAGUGGGGGGAGCGACUGGAAUGGGCCGCGCUUCUGGCGUUCCUGUGCGUGCUGAGGUACGCGCUGUUUCCGCCGCUGGAGUCGAUGCUCGUCAAGUUUCAGAUGCACAGACGACAACUGCACGGGUUCUUCGACCGCCACGACAAGCAGUACGUCCCCUUUGUGGACAACCUGCUGGAAGACUACGCAGGACGCGAACGCCUGCUGUAA